AUGAAGGGUCAGACCGUGGUGGGCACGCGACUCCAUUGGCACAGCCACUCGCAGCACGAGCGCAUCGACGUCGUCAAGGUGCUGAACCAAGUGCUUGCAUUCUGCACUCGGGCAGCCACGUACGCCGAUGGCGGGAUCCUGCUCGCUGUCGGUCUUCCCGUCGCCAUGGCCGGAUCCAUCACAGCCACUCGAUUAGCGGAGGGAGACGCGUCAACACCAACUGACGACUUCAUUGCGUCAGUGCGCGAGUUCUUUGCCCAACUGCAGAGUGCGACGAGUGCACGGGCGUUUCUCGGUCACAUCAAGGUCAUCCCCAUGUUGCAUUGGGGGAACUUCGUGCCGGCCCUCAAUGCGUUGAUUGGGACUGCGGCCGAGCAGUUUCCAAAUGCCGAUACCUUGCUCUUGCAGUCGCUGGAAAUUGACGUGGAAGCGGCUAGCGUGGAGUCGCUACGAUUGCACUUUGAUCUCUCUCGCGACCUCGUGGUGGGCGCGGCCAUGCCUGGCCACGACUUCCAGCCGGACCCUGACGGCCAGCCGAUUGAACUGAGCGGGUUGACAUCGCCGUGGAACACACUCGCGUUAUGGAAUCUCGAGCAACUGACAAAGGUGGGAUUUGUUCUGAUGGGAGACGCAUUGCGUCUCGAGGUCGACGGGAUCGGCUCGGUCGCAGGCAUUGAAGAAGUGGCUACUAUUGCCGUUUACCAGCAGCUUUACGCGAACGCUACGUCCCCUACGACGGCCAAGUUGGUGCGUGUGCCGAACAUUGCGUGGCAAGUGGACACGAUGAAGGACCCCCAGCGUUCUGCUUGGCAUGCGAAGAAGAUGGCGAGCAAGCAACAACGCGCAGCAGCCCAGAUUGCCCACUUCGGGGGCGUGUCCCCUGGUCGUGUGUUUCACUUGGAAGCCUGA